UGACGUGGUAUAGCUUGUCAUCGACCCCUGUUUUGUCGACGGGGAAAAGUUUGAUGAAAAUAACCAUAAAAAUAUUGACAAAAUAAGAAUAAAAAUAAACUAAAUUAUACAAAAAUGUUGGACAGCCUUUUCGACGAUGUAAAGCGCAUGAAUAAGCGACAGUUUAUCUACCAAGUUUUAAGUUUUGGUAUGAUAGUGUCGUCUGCCCUAAUGAUAUGGAAAGGUUUAAUGGUGGUAACGGGCAGUGAAAGUCCGAUUGUUGUGGUAUUGUCAGGCAGUAUGGAACCAGCGUUCCACAGAGGGGACCUGCUGUUUUUGACCAACUACCCGGAGGAACCUGUGCGUGUGGGUGAAAUCGUCGUCUUCAAAGUUGAGGGUCGUGAUAUUCCUAUUGUUCACAGAGUUUUAAAGCUUCAUGAAAAGAACAAUGGAACUGUAAAAUUUCUUACCAAAGGUGACAACAAUAGUGUGGAUGACCGAGGCUUGUAUGCCCAGGGACAGUUGUGGUUAACGAAGAAAGAUGUAGUGGGCCGGGCAAGGGGAUUCCUACCCUAUGUGGGAAUGGUCACAAUAUAUAUGAAUGAAUAUCCUAAGUUUAAGUUUGCUGUGUUAGCCUGUCUAGCAAUUUAUGUCUUAGUGCACAGAGAGUGACAGCCCUAACAUGAUCUGAAGGUUGCCGAGUUGGUCUGUGGGAGAAUACAUUGGCUCUAUGGAUGUAAUUUAAUUUUAUGAUUAAAUGAAGUUCUCUCUAG